CUCUUGGGAGGGCGUUACAAGUUUGUUGCAAAAUGUCGAGGAUUUCCCUUUUGUUGUUGGUGGCGGUGUGUGCGGUGGCUCUGAGGAAAGUUCAUGCCGAGACAGAUGAAGAAAAAGAGAUCCACGAAACGUUGGUCCCGAUCAUCGCGGAAUGCAGCAAGGAGCAUGGGGCCAAGGUAGAAGAAGUCAUGGCCUCCAAGAAGAACAAGGAUUACGAGGCCAUCGACGGGUGUCUCAUCGAGUGCGUUUACAAGAAGAUGGGAAUGAUGGAUGACAACGGCGCGUUUGUUGUAGAAAAAUUGGUAGAGAAUGCCAAGAAAUUCUUGAAGGACGCAGAGACACAGAAAAUUGAGGAAGUCGUUAAACAUUGUACUGAAGAGAGCGAGAAAAGUCCCGAAGAUAAGUGUGGAAAAUCUAAAAUGCUGCUAGCUUGUAUGAUGGAGCAAAAAGAAGCGUUAAACUUGUAAAAUCUACCACCAACCCGGAAAACAAGAACCUCCUCCAACCACCCGCAGCGUUAAACAUGUUAUAAUUUUAGUUGUAUUUUAUUAUUUUUAUGACAAACUAAUAUAUAAAAACAUAUUUUUAUUGCA